CUGUAGUCAGUAGCUGUGCUGUUCUCGACGCUGCAGACGGAAGGUGAAAGCUCGUGUCGGUGAUAUUGAAGACUCUCUGGUACCGAUGCUGGUCGAUUAUUCUCUCACGUCUCUCAGAUCAUCCGAGCGGCUGGAGGCUGAACUCUGAGCAGCAGUGACACCAUGGUGCUGAAGAUUUUCUUCCCACAGUGCUGUAACCGGGCCGACAGCGGGCUGCUGGUGGGCCGCUGGAUCGCCAAUAAUGACUCAGCCGUGGUGCUGGCGGUCAUCCACUACCCGUUCAUUUCUGGACAGGUCAAACAGUACAUCCAGAAGAUGCAGGCUCAGAGUGGUGUGGAGCUGUCGGUGUUGGGUUCAUGGAGUUUACCCAAAGAGGGUCAGGAGGGCAUGGAGAGCUUCCUCGUAGACCUAAGCACCAUCUUCCCUCACGAGCGCUGGCUCCAGAUCAGCCGCCAGGUGGGCAAAACGGGCUUCAUCUGUAACAUCCUCCUUCGGGAUCAGAAUGGAGUUGCAGGUCAGCAGAAGGUAAAGAAAAAGAGGGAUGAAGAUGAUGAGAAGACUGAUGGUAAGGAGGAGGAAGGGGAAGAGGAGAAGGUGAUCUUCGUCCACUACGAGCAGAGGAAGGUGAUGCUGUCGGAGCUUCACCCCAUCCAGAAUGGAGUUCCUGACCCCAAAACUGAUCCUCCAUCUGAGCUUAGACAGGUACGAGACGAGAGUGACACACGCAGAGAGUUAUAA